CCCACAGAGCUAGAGGUUCCCCUCCUCGGCCUGCCUGCUCCUUUGCCAAGAGCGCCGAACAGGAAGAAGCAUACACUUGAAGGCGCUCCUGGGGCAGUGAGGUUAUGAACAAGGACGGUACCCACAGACUGAGCAGGAGCAUAUGGGCAGGAGACAAGGAAUACUGCCCACCACGCAAGCAUUAGCCUAUCAAAAAGACCCCUGUCUGUAGAGAGAGAUCAGGUCUCUGAACCCCCACCACCAUGAACUGGAACAUGAUCAUCUCGGGGUUCGUUAUCGUAGUGAUCAAAGCUGUUGGAAUGACCUUGUUUCUGCUGUAUUUCCCACAGGUUUUUUACGAAAGUAAUGAUGGCUUCAUCCCCACGGAGAGCUACGGAACCACUCAUGUGCAGAAUGUCUCACAGAUCUUCGGGGGGAAUGAUGAAAGCGUCGUGCCUACAAGGAGCUACGGAACAGCCUGUCCCAAGGACUGGGAUUUUCAUCAAGGGAGAUGUUUCUUCUUCUCCACCUCUGAAUUGCCCUGGAAAACCAGCAGGGAUGACUGUGUGGCAAGAGGAUCCACGCUGGCAAUUGUCAACACACCAGAGAAACUGAAGUAUCUUCAGGACAUAGCUGGUGCUGAGAAGUACUUUGUUGGUUUGAGACGUCAGUCUGGAGAAGCAAGGUGGCGCUGGAUCAACAACUCUGUGUUCAGUGGCAAGACCAACAACAAUGAGGCAACUGACGAUGGACUGAAAUCUCCAAAACCUUUCGAUAAGUUAUUUAUCCCAGGCAUUUGUUGCAGUGGUGCAAGGCUUGAUAUCACAGCCUGUAUUUCAUUCCGUGGUUGGAAAUUUUGUUUAUCCCUUUAUCAUCUGGAUGAUAUCUAAGCUUUUCCAUUUGUCAACUGCUACAACUAUUACAAGCGUUCACUUCUGUACCUAGGAGUGUGACUGCUAGUUCAUGUAGCUACGUGACACAUUAUUUAAAGAACUUUCGUUUUUCAAAAGCUAUUGAACAACCACACCUUCCCAUCAGUAAUGUAUAUGGACGCCAAUAUUUUCGCAUCCUCGCUGACGUAUGCUGCUGUCUAUCUACCUUGCCUUGUGUUUCCCAUAGCGAUUUCGGGUUGUAUUUGAUUACCAUUCUCCAUCAUCUGAUGAUGGAUUAGAAGCAUCUUUCACGUACAUACCACACUCUUCCACUAAAGACAUAAGAAAAGGAUGGGGUCGUAUCAACACAUACCUGACUCUCUUAAUGUUGUUGAACUUUCAGCUUCUGUGUUUUAAGAUCUGGAUUUAUCGCUCCGUAAUUGUGUUUUUAUGCCAGGCUGAAGAUGAAACUGGGGUCUUUGUACAUACUAAGCUAUCAUUCUGCCAACAAGUUACAACUUCCUUGUUUUAUCUUUUUUUAGUAAAUUUUAUAUAACAACUUACAUAUAAAUAAAAAAUAUCACACACGAAAAUGAACCAGGCCCAAAAUCUAUACAAUUCAAUGAAUUUAUAUACAUUUAGGUUUGGCAUUUGAAAUGAAAGCUGUGGAGCUUUACGUUACAUUUUACAUUUUCAGGGGUGAAAGUGUGUUUUAAGCACUUAUCCACCACUCAAGCCAAAAAAAUUUUUUGACAGAAUUAGAACUUUAUAACUAGAAAAAACAAAUAGCAUUUUUAUCCUCUUUCAUAACUGUUUUUCUUCAAAGCCAAACUCUUGUUACACAGUUCAUGCCAGCCUAGAAAUCACUGUGUAACCCAGCAUAGCUACAGUGCCUCUUGAGUGCUAACGUUACAGGUAAGCAUCCAAAACAGCGCCAAAGCAUCAUGACUUAACAUCAGGACUGCUUAACCAACUCUGUCCUUAUUUGGGGAAAUAUGUGUGUGGUGAAGAAGAUCUCGGGUCUGUGGUAAAUAUUAAGGGUAGAAGUGUGACUUAGUGCAUCCUUUAAGACAAACAAGAGAGGUCCAAUUGUUUUAUUUUUGUGUAGUAAAUUAGUAUACGUUUGCGGAAAUUAAAGGAGCAGUAAAAGGU